AUGAGCGGUGUUGGAAUAAUAAUUCUCGGUAAUAGUGGGGUGGGAAAGAGCUUCCUUGGAAAUGUUAUUCUGGGAUAUGAAAGAUUCAAACAUGACUUUGAUUCGACUGCUGUAACUAUCAAAACGGAAUGUGCCAAAGCAUAUUUCAACGGUCAAUCGUACACUGUUUAUAAUAUUCCUGGCCUUAUCGAAGCUGAUCAACAGAGAAUCGACUUGAACAAGCGUGAAAUUGAUUAUGCAUUUAAACAACAUCCAUAUGCCGUAGUCAUCUUCGUCUUAGGACAUCAAGGUGGACGUCCUAAACAAGAGGAUAUUGUUGCGUUUAAUGCUAUCAAUGAUGCGUACUCAUUUAGUCAAAAAUCUCUGGCUGUUAUUGUUAAUAAUCUGCCACGAAGACGCAAACUCGGUUAUGACGACAAAAUGAAAAAUGAAGUAAGCCAUCUUCUUAAAACGCAUCUUCCUCACUUUGAAUGCGUCAGUGAAAUCGAAACCGAUCAAGAAAAACAAGCAGUUAGACAAAAACUAAUUCAUAUUGUCCGAGAUGCAUUGCCUAAACAACAUGACAGAAGACAUGCCAUAUAUCUAGAAGCCGAUAAAAUUUCUGGGCUAAGUAAACAAGUGGAAGAAUCACAAAAACGAAUUGAACAAGAUCGUGCCGCUCAUGAAGCUUUAGUGAGAUGGCUUCAGAAGGAGUUUGAAGAAAAAGAAAGACGACGACGUGAAGAACAGAAACAGAGAGAAUUGCAGUGGCGACGGGAACAGGAAAGAAUUCAUGCCGCAGAACAAGCAGAACUGAGGCGACAACAGGCCGAAUACGAAAGAAGAGAAAGACAACGACGGGAACAGGCGGAGUAUGAGGAAAGGGAACGACGACGACGACAAGCAGAAUAUGAAGAAACACAGAGAAGACGACGACAGGCGGAAUACGAAGAAGCACAAAGACGACAACGUGAGUUGGAAAAUCAAUUGGCACAGAAACGACGUCGAGAAAUUGAAGCUAAAAAAGGUAUGUGUUAA